CCCUUCCACAACGCUAGCGCGCUCCUCUGACAGAAAAUAGCGUGAAAUGUGCAACAUCACCAUGCCAAAGUCACGCGUGCAGACCUGAAAGUCAAAUAAAAUUAGUUGAACUGGUUCUCCUGCCACGGCAGACACGGGUUGUUAGUGAAUGGUGACUGACGGUUGUUUAAGUCAGUCGAUGGGGACUGGAAUUUAUCAGUUUGAUCGUAUGUGUGCUUGUCAGGUUAGCAGAGGAAUGUUAAAGCGAAGUCUCUUCAGAUCUGUGUGAACUCGGCGUUUCUGUCUUAAUUUUGGCCAGAGGAACCCGACAAUUGCUGUCAGAGGAUAAGGUGUUCUUCUGUGUGUGUUUGUGUGUGUGUUUGUGUGUGUGUGUGUGAAUGGAUCAGGUCAGGAUGGGAAAUGCUGUUCAGGAACGGCAGGAGCCGCUCCCAAAGGGUGAAGUUCUGCCACGCCCUUAUUCCAGCCAAACAGAGGGUUUUAAACAGGGUCGAACGGUCCUGAACUCUCUGCUGUCGGGGGCUUUCGCAGGCGCUUUGGCUAAAACAGCAGUUGCUCCUCUGGACCGAACUAAAAUCAUCUUCCAAGUGUCAUCAAAGAGAUUCUCAGCUAAGGAGGCGUACAGGUUAAUAUACCGCACAUAUCUUAAAGAUGGAUUCUUCAGUCUGUGGAGGGGAAACUCUGCAACAAUGGUGCGAGUUAUUCCAUACGCUGCCAUUCAGUUCUGUGCACACGAACAGUACAAGAGGAUUCUGGGACAGUAUUAUGGCUUCCAGGGCAAAGCUCUGCCCCCUGUGCCACGGCUGCUUGCGGGUUCACUGGCGGGGACCACUGCUGCCAUGCUCACAUAUCCACUGGACAUGGUCCGCGCUCGCAUGGCCGUCACACCUAAAGAAAUGUACAGUAAUAUUCUGCACGUGUUUGUUCGGAUAUCACGUGAGGAGGGCUUGAAGACGCUCUGCAGAGGAUUUACUCCCACUAUACUAGGUGUGAUACCGUACGCAGGACUCAGUUUCUUCACCUACGAGACACUGAAGAAAAUUCACGCAGAGCGAACGGGCUGCUCGCAGCCAUACUCAUAUGAGCGUCUGGCGUUCGGGGCUUGCGCGGGGCUGAUCGGUCAAUCCGCCUCAUACCCGCUGGAUGUGGUGCGCAGGCGAAUGCAGACGGCGGGCGUCACUGGACACACGUACGGCACCAUCGCGGGCACCAUGCGGGAGAUCGUGGUGGAAGAGGGCGUGGUACGUGGUCUCUACAAGGGUCUGAGUAUGAACUGGGUCAAGGGUCCGAUCGCGGUGGGCAUCAGUUUCACGACCUUCGACCUAACGCAGAUCCUCCUGCGUAAAUUUCAGCAGUUGGGUUAUAAUGGGCGGUAGCGGUAGGUAAUGGAGACAUUUUGGCGUGUCAUUGUAUGAUGCGAGCACACACGGGUGUGACACAGAGUUUGUGGUGCAGAAAAAGAGAAGAAACUAUUCUAUUCGAGCGAAUGCUGCUGGUGAACAGAAGAGGAAAGGAUUGAUGUCUUUGACCGAUCGUUUUAAUACACGUGCUGGAUUGUGAUAUUAUAUGUACAGAUUUUGGUUUUGCCAUGCAGGUGUGUUUGAGUCUCCUUUUCGUAAGUGCAAUAUUAUCUGUCCUGAGUGUCACUCUGGAUAUGUAAUUAAGUUUGUCUCCUAGUAUACUCCUCUGUGAGCUACGUGAAGAUGUUCUAUUUGUGGAAUGUCAGAGGCCUUCAUGAAACAAAGAUAUACAGCAGAGUUUACAGCACGUUUGUGUGUUUAUAUGAAUGACAUUUUAAUAUUUUUAGUGAAAAUUGAAACCUGUUUUCACAGGCGUUAAGAUUUGUCAUGACAGUAAAGCUGAAUCUGUCAUGAGUCAUGGGGGUGACAAGAUAUAUUGUGGUGUGACAUAUGGUGAAACAAACAAAAGAAAGAUAUGAACUGUACACUUAACUAUUUUUUUUUGGUUUUUCAGUUUUAGUUUUCUGAGUGACUAGUAGAGUAUGUAUUUUUUAAUAAUUUACACAGUAGGUUUGGUUAAGCCUUGAAUAUAGUCAAUUCUUCAACAAGCUGUAUAAAAAAUAGUAUUAUUGAGUGGAGUUAAGUCUGUUAUUUUAAUUUCAACUUCAUUAUUUUUUAUUACCCCAGUCAUGAACUUAAUGCCACACUGUGAGAAAUCUUAAUGAUCCUAAUAAAUAGGCUUCAGGAUCAGAUUUUGAAUUGUGGGUAAAAUUUUAACCAAACAGGAUUAACUAGACUGAUAUACACACUUUUUUAAUGACUAAUCAUAACCAAAGAAGGUCAUUUGCUCUAGGACAGGAGACUUGACGUGGUGUUUGUUUGUGUGUACACAGGUGUCUGUUGCCUCCAUCUUUAAUCUAUGCACUUGAUGUAUAUGCUUUCAUGCAGCACACAGACUGAUCCAUGCUUUGUGUGUUGUGUGUUUUACACUUGUCUGCAGUCCUUAAGUGCCUAAAGAAAGAUAUGACCCAUGAACAAACUGACUUUAUCUCAUACUGAUGUAUGAACACUUCAAACUGGACUAAUGUAUUAGCUUACAUUCAGCUUGUUGUUGUUCUGUUUAUGAACAAAUAUUGUUGUGCUAUUUGUACAGAAAUACAUAAGAAAUGAAAGCAGAAAAUGUUCAAAACAGGUCCUGGCGAAAAAGUUCACGCAAAAAAUGUGGAUUCUGUCAUUGUUUCUUUAACCUCAUGUCAGAAUUGUGUUUGGAUUAGAACACAUGCUGUUGUUUUUAUAAUUUAAUAAAUGCUUAUUUUAGAUUCUGACAGCCCUGCUUUCAUUCAGAUGUAAAUGGUAAAGAAACAGAAGCCAGGGUCAUGUGAGUUUGAAAGGACAUGAUGGUGAGUGAAUGACAGUUUUCAUCUUUAAGGGAACUGUUCCUUCAAUUGAUGAUUAAUUUAUGACCGAAGCAAAAACUUUAGAGACAGUGUUGCAGAUUUAAUCUGGUCUUUAUUAAUCUAUUAGAUAUUUGGUUAUCUUUACAGAAUGUGACCUAGAGGAGAAUGUGUUAUGUAUAAGAGUGACUGAAGUGUGAUGUUUUUUUUAUCUGGGGUCACAGCAUUUAUUCUAACAUAUCACAUCUCUUACUAACCAGACAAUCACAUAACACUAAAGCACAAUGUCCUAAUAUCUAUAACCAGCUCUAAAUACAUUUAAAAUAUAAUCUAACACCCCACAACGCCUAUACUGAGAUUUUCAAUUUAAAGAUCAGAUGAGGUUUAGUUGAAACUUUAACAAAACACAGAUUGUAGAUCAAUAUUUAUUCAUUUGUAUAUGACUUGAGUUUAUAGUGUUUUGCUUUAUGGGUACCAUCACUAAAAUCUCUCUGACUGUUUUUGUCGAUUUUGUGCCUAGAUGAAUGUAAAUUAAACUAAUGACGAUGUAAUUAUGGUUCUUGUGUUCUUGACUUCCUUUAACUGUCACACUGAAACACUGUCAGGAAAAUAAAUCUAAAAACAGUUUGAAAUGAAAAAACGUAUGUUUAUCCUCUAGAUGGCGCCAUAGAUGCACAGUUAAAGAAAUGGGGUUUGUGACAAACAAUAGUCUCUUUAAUAUUUUUUUUUACGAUUUUAGAAACAAGGCUCAUUUUCUCAAAACACUACAUACGGUUUAUACAUCUACACCCAGAAUUAGCAGAACAUUUCAGAUAUUUUGCAAAAUGAAUCACAGCCUUCGAAACUUUUACAAAACUUUUGGUACACAUUUGGUUCAGAUUCCGUUUGAACCACUUACACACUGCUGUGCUUAA